GCUGCUUGGUUUUUGCUUGGGGUGGGGGGUGGGGGUUGUACUAAAAAGACUAAAGUUUUCAUUUUUUGGGUUCUUUAUAUUUUUUGAGAGUUGCCCUUUUUGGGUUUUUUGGUUUAACUAGUAAAAAGUAGGUUCUUGAUAGGAGUUAGUUUGAUUUGCUGUAAUGAGGGUAUCUUCAGCUGGGUUCAAUCCUCAACCAGAGGAAGCAGCAGGGGAGAAGAAAUGCUUGAAUUCAGAGUUGUGGCACGCGUGUGCCGGGCCACUAGUUUCGCUUCCGCCUGUAGGAAGCAGAGUUGUGUAUUUUCCUCAAGGGCAUAGUGAACAGGUUGCUGCCUCGACAAACAAGGAAGUAGAUGCUCAUAUCCCUAACUAUCCUGGUUUACCACCUCAGCUAAUUUGUCAGCUUCACAACCUGACAAUGCAUGCAGAUGUUGAGACCGAUGAAGUAUAUGCUCAAAUGACGUUGCAGCCACUAAGUGCACAAGAGCAAAAGGAUGUGUGCCUGCUACCAGCAGAACUUGGCAUCCCGAGUAAACAACCAACCAACUAUUUCUGCAAAACCUUGACGGCAAGUGACACCAGUACUCACGGUGGAUUCUCUGUCCCCCGACGUGCAGCAGAAAAAGUUUUUCCCCCUCUUGAUUACUCUCAGCAGCCGCCCUGUCAAGAGUUGAUUGCAAAAGAUCUCCAUGGAAAUGAAUGGAAAUUCCGGCAUAUUUUUCGUGGCCAACCAAAGAGGCAUCUAUUGACAACAGGAUGGAGUGUGUUCGUAAGUGCAAAGAGACUUGUUGCGGGUGAUGCAGUCAUCUUUAUCUGGAAUGAAAAUAAUCAAUUGCUUUUGGGGAUUCGACGUGCUAAUCGUCCUCAAACCGUUAUGCCUUCUUCAGUUUUGUCAAGUGAUAGCAUGCACAUUGGUCUCCUUGCUGCGGCGGCUCAUGCAGCUGCAACUAAUAGCCGCUUUACAAUAUUUUAUAAUCCAAGGGCAAGUCCAUCAGAGUUUGUCAUACCUCUUGCCAAGUAUGCUAAAGCAGUUUAUCAUACACGGAUUUCUGUUGGUAUGAGGUUCCGGAUGCUGUUUGAAACAGAAGAAUCGAGUGUCCGUAGGUAUAUGGGCACAAUUACCGGUAUCAGUGAUUUAGAUCCUGUUCGUUGGCCAAAUUCACAUUGGCGGUCUGUGAAGGUUGGAUGGGAUGAAUCAACUGCAGGAGAGAGGCAGCCCAGAGUUUCGCUGUGGGAAAUUGAACCUCUGACAACUUUUCCUAUGUAUCCUUCUCCUUUCUCUCUUAGGCUAAAAAGGCCUUGGCCAUCUGGACUACCUUCUCUCCCUGGUUUUCCCAAUGGUGAUAUGACUAUGAAUUCUCCACUCUCGUGGCUGCGUGGUGACAUAGGAGACCAAGGGAUUCAGUCGCUUAAUUUCCAGGGCUAUGGUGUUACUCCGUUUAUGCAGCCAAGAAUUGAUGCUUCUAUGUUAGGUUUGCAACCUGACAUUCUGCAAACAAUGGCUGCACUAGAUCCAUCGAAACUUGCAAAUCAAUCCUUUAUGCAGUUCCAACAAAGUAUACCUGGCGGUUCAGCAUCUUUGAGUCAUAGUCAAAUUUUGCAGCCUUCUCAUUCACAGCAAAAUCUGCUCCACGGCUUCUCCGAAAACCAGUUAAUAUCUCAGGCACAGAUGCUUCAGCAACAAUUGCAGCGCCGUCAGAAUUAUAAUGAUCAACAGCAAUUGCUGCAGCCACAGCUUCAGCAACACCAAGAAGUGAACUCCUCGCAGUUUCAACAUCAACAGCAAACCAAGGCCAUGUCCAGUCUCUCUCAGAUGACUUCGGCUGCGCAGCCCCAGCUUUCUCAUUUGCGAGUCUUAAGUUCAACUGGUUCUCCACAAACAUUUUCUGAUAUACUUGGUAACCAUGUCAAUGCAUCUAGUAAUUCUACUAUGCAAAGUCUGUUGAGUUCAUUUUCCCAUGAUGGAGCGUCUGCUGUCCUUAACAUGCAUGAAGCUCACCCUCUAGUGUCUUCGUCCUCAUCAUCAAAGCGAAUUGCUCUAGAAUCUCAGCUCCCUUCUCGGGUUACUCCAUUCGCUGUGCCCCAGCCUGAGGAUGUGAUAUCACACAAUACUAAAGUUUCUGAUCUUUCCUCUCUGUUGCCCCCUUUUCCUGGCAGAGAGUCUUUUUCUGAUUAUAGAGGAGUAGAAGAUAGCCAAAACAAUGCACUGUAUGGAUUUAAUACCGACUCUUUGAACAUACUGCCGAAUGGUAUGUCCAACAUGAAGGAUAGUAGUGGUGAUAAUGGAUCUUUAUCUAUUCCUUAUGCUACCUCUACCUUCACAAAUACUGUGGGCAACGAGUAUCCCAUUAACUCAGACAUGACAACUUCAAGUUGUGUAGAUGAAUCAGGUUUCUUGCAGUCCUCCGAGAAUGGGGAUCAAGGAAACCCAACUAAUAGAACCUUUGUGAAGGUUCAUAAAUCAGGGUCCUUUGGACGGUCACUCGAUAUCUCCAAGUUUAGCAGCUAUCACGAACUUCGAAGUGAGCUUGCUCACAUGUUUGGGCUAGAAGGCUUGUUGGAGGACCCUGAGAGAUCAGGCUGGCAGCUUGUAUUUGUAGACCGAGAGAAUGAUGUUCUCCUCCUCGGUGACGAUCCCUGGCAGUAAGAAUCCAUUAACUUUCUUUUCUUUUACAGGCUUGCUACUACAACCUUUUUCUUC